GGCCGGGCGGCGGGCGGGGUGGCUGAGGCCCGGCCCAGAGCUCCGGGCGGUCGCAUUGUUUUCCUCCGAGGAGGCGCGGCGCGAGUGGGGGAUGCGACCCGGACUCCUGACUCGCCCACCGCCGCCGCGACCUGGCGCCUCGAUCCCCGCUCCAUCCUGUUCAGACGCUCCUCACGUCUGCUCGGAACCUCCACCACGGAUCACGAAUCCAGCGCGGUGCGGGGCCGCUGCCCGCGCGCUGCACGCUCCAUCCCGCUGACCCGGAUCUCGGAGGCCAGCAUAUGGGUGAGGGGGCACCCCCGGGGGCCUGAGCUGCCCCGCACAGGAUGCCCCGUGCCUCCUGCUUCCUGCCCUUGCUGCUGCUGCUCCCGCUGCUCCGCUCGCGGGCUGCCUUUCCCCAGGACCCCCUUCCGCUGCUGACCUCUGACCUGCAAGGAGCCUCGCCCUUAGCCUGGUUCCGGGGCCUGGAGGAUGAUGAUGUGGUCGCAGAACUUGGGCUGGACUUCCAGAGAUUCCUGACCUUGAACCGGACCCUGCUGGUGGCUGCCCGGGAUCAUGUUUUCUCCUUCGAUCUUCAGGCCCCAGAAGGGGAGGGACUGGUGCCUAGCAAGUAUCUGACAUGGAGGAGCCAGGAUGUGGAGAACUGUGCAGUCCGGGGGAAGCUGACGGAUGAGUGCUACAACUACAUCCGGGUCCUCGUUCCCUGGAACUCCCGCACACUCCUGGCCUGCGGCACUAACUCCUUCAGCCCUGUGUGCCGCAGCUAUGGGAUCACUUCUCUGCAGCAGGAGGGCGAGGAGCUGAGUGGCCAGGCUCGGUGCCCCUUCGAUGCCACCCAGUCCAAUGUGGCUGUCUUUGCAGAGGGCAGCCUCUACUCAGCCACGGCGGCCGAUUUCCAGGCCAGUGAUGCGGUGGUUUACAGAAGCCUUGGGCCUCAGCCGCCUCUCCGCUCCGCCAAGUACGACUCCAAGUGGCUCCGAGAGCCACACUUUGUCCAUGCCUUGGAGCACGGGGACCAUGUGUACUUCUUCUUCCGAGAAGUGUCUGUGGAGGACGCCAGGCUGGGGCGGGUGCAGUUCUCCCGGGUGGCUCGUGUCUGUAAGCGCGACAUGGGCGGCUCCCCUCGGGCCCUGGACCGCCACUGGACAUCCUUCCUGAAACUUCGGCUCAAUUGCUCAGUCCCUGGAGACUCCACCUUCUAUUUCGACGUUCUACAGGCCUUGACAGGGCCUGGGAACUUGCAUGGCCACCCUGCCUUCUUUGGGGUCUUCACCACGCAGACCAAUAGCAUCCCUGGCUCCGCCGUCUGCGCCUUCUACCUGGCUGAUAUUGAACGUGGGUUCGAGGGCAGGUUCAAGGAGCAGAGGAGUGUGGAUGGGGCCUGGACUACUGUGUCUGAAGACAGGGUCCCCUCCCCCAGGCCUGGCUCCUGUGCAGGGCUUGGCCGAGCGGCCUCAUUCUCUUCUUCCCGAGACCUCCCUGAUGACGUCCUGACUUUCAUCAAGGCCCACCCGCUGCUAGACCCUGCCGUGCCCCCUGCCACCCAACAGCCUCUGCUCACUCUUACCAGCAGGGCCCUGCUGACCCAGGUGGCAGUGGAUGGCACUGCAGGGCCCUACGGGAACACCACGGUCCUGUUCCUGGGCUCCAACGACGGGACCGUGCUGAAGGUGCUGCCCCCUGGGGGCCCCCAGGGGAGACACCAGCCAGUCCUGCUGGAAGAGAUCAAUGCCUACAGCCCCUCCCGGUGCCGUGGGAAGCGAGCUGCCCAGCUAGCACGGCGGGUCAUAGGGCUGGAGCUGGACACAGAGGGUCACAGGCUCUUUGUGGCCUUCUCGGGCUGCAUCAUCUACCUCCCACUCAGCCGGUGUUCCCAGCAUGGGGCCUGCAGGAGGAGCUGUCUGGCUUCUCAGGACCCCUACUGCGCGUGGCAGAGCUCCCACGGCUGCGUGGAUAUCAGGGGGCCUGCUGGAACCCGUGCAGCUCUAGCUGGGAGCCAGGAGUCCAUGGAACUCGGGGACUGUCAAGAUGGAGCAACCGGGAGUCAGUCGGGUGCCGGGGACUCUGCAUACGUGCUUCUGGGUCCUGGCCCUCCCCCCGAGACCCCCAGCCCCCCCAGUGAUGCCCAUCCCUGGCCCCAGUCUUCCACUCUCGGCGCUCACACUCAGGGCGUGCGCCGGGACGUCCCCGCCGCCCCCGCCUCCAGCUCUGUUCCCAUCCCACUGCUCUUGGCCUCUGUGGCCGCCGCCUUCGCCCUGGGCGCCUCCGUCUCCGGCCUGUUGGUGUCCUGCGUGUGCCGCCGCACCCACCGACGCCGCAGCAAGGACAUUGAGACCCCGGGCCUCCCGCGGGCCCUGUCCCUCCGCAGCCUGGCCCGACUGCACGGCCCAGAGCCGCCGCCGCCCCCCAAGGACGCGGACAGCGCGCAGGCGCCACAACUCUACACCACCUUUCUGCCGCCCCCCGACGCUGCGCCCCCUCCCGAGCUGGCCUGCCUGCCCACCCCAGAGUCCACGCCCGAGCUGCCGGCCAAGCACCUGCAGCCCGCGGGCGGCGCCUGGGAGUGGAACCAGAACGGGAACAACGCCAAGGAGGGCCCGGGCCGCGCGCGGGGCGCGCACUCGGCUGGCGGGCCCGCGCCGCGCGUGCUUGUGAGGCCGCCGCCGCCCGGCUGUCCAGGGCAGGCGGUGGAGGUGACCACGCUGGAGGAGCUGCUGCGCUACCUGCACGGCCCGCAGUCCCCGGCCCACUGUGCACCCGCGCCCGAGCCCCCUGCGCCCGGCCCCGGCCUCCUUCCGCGCGACCGCGCCCCGCCCGUGCGGCUGGAUGUGCCCCCCGACAGCCAGUGCGCGGCCCCCAGCGGCCGCCCGGCGCCCGCGCCCCGGCUCGGGGUCGGGGGGAGCCGCCGGCCGCCCUUCCCCACGCACCGCACCCCCCCAGCCCUGCUCACUCGUGUCCCCUCGGGGGGGCCCUCCAGGUACUCUGGGGACACAGACAGACCGCUCCUGUACCUGGGCCGGCCUGAGAGCUACCGGGGCCGCGCCCUGAAGCGCGUGGACUUGGAGAAGCCCCCGCUACCCCCCAAGUCCUCCUUGGGCGGGUCCUCACCCCAGGCGGCCGUGGCCGGCGGCAGCCACUUCAACUUUUAAAGGAUGUGGCUCCACCUAAGGGCCCGGUGCAGCCGCCCCCCAGUCCUCCCGGUCUCGGCUCCAGGGUCCCCGCCCUCUUCGGGUUAAUUUAUUGACUGUGUCCCCCAGUCCUCGAGAGAGGAGUUGGAGGCGAGCAGCGCCCCCUCAGCGAGCCAGCUUUCGGGGGGUCGGGCACCCUCCUGCCCCCUUCCCCAGCCGAGCUGCCUUAUUCGCGCCCCGGAUCCCUGCAGCAAGGGCCCGGGCGGACCGCGGGCGCACCGCAGGCGCGCGGGCGGGGUCCCGGCGCCGCCUUCUACUGUGUAGGAGCCCUGCGCCCGACGCCCGGCCGGCCCGCGCCCUGCUCCCUGGGGCGGCCGCGUCCCGCCGGGGCUAAUCAGAAACGGCUUCCCGAGGCGGCGGCGCGGACCGCGGGUGCGGGGCCCGGGGGACAGCGGCAAGGCGGGGCGGGGCGGGCCUCGAGGCGCGAGGGACCCUCCUCGGCGCUUCUCCGGAGCGGGGCGCGAGAGCGUUUUGGGAGGAAUAAAGUGAAGCCGCAGCAGAAGCGAGUGAAUGUUCGACCCCAGGAAAACUCGUCGGAAAGAGAGUCUGGCUGGGAGAGUCGGGGUCGCGCCCGGCUCGGCUGCAAUGAGCCUCUGAGGGCUUGGGCCCUGUAAGUACUGGGGAACAGCCGGAGCUCCAGGAACUGUCCCGCGCGGCGCCGGGCGCGGGCAGCGAGUCUCCCACCGCUUGCUACAGUCGCGACCUCGGGUGAGCCCGGGCUGCGCUCCUGCCCCGCGUGCUGGGACUCGGCCGGCCCGGCCGGAGGCCGUCGGGACACUUCUUUUGCCCCCGUUGGAUGCAGACGUCCGUCCGUCACGCCAGGACCCAAUGGGGGGGGACGAUAGGUCCCCGCGCCCCACCCACUACCCCUGAGCUAAGGACACUUAAGGCCUCCACCCGGCGGCAGUUGCUUUUCAGAUUUACAAGUUAGGUUUAGUGACGGCACGUGGCUUGCUGUGUCCGCCCCGCUAGCGCCGAGGCUGCGCGGCCUCUGUUGCCGCCUGGAGGCCAAGCCUAGCUUUGCCUCUGGGCGUCCGCACCAAUCCCUCUUGCGCGUUGGCCUCCUAGAGCCUUCUGUGGUGGCGGUGUGGGGCAGCCACAAAAUCUCGUGUUGCAGAACCCUGACCUUUCAUGCCUGUGAUCUUGACGUGUCAGAGCGCUGCCCUAAGUGUUUCCUCAUCUAAAAAAUUUUUAGAAUGGUUUGUUUGAGGGCCUAAGAGCGAUAAUGGAUGUAAUUAUCCAAUAACACGUUCCACGGGCCAGGGAGGGAGCAGCAAAGGCUGAGAAACUGCUUUGGUGCUACAGGCCCGGUUUGACUCCGGCACCACGUGAUACCCGGACAGCUCAGGCACUGAUCCCGAGCUGAGUAUCCCUGGAGCACCACUUCCCCAGCCCCUGCGUAUCCCAAAAGAGAAAGGAAGCAGCAUGGAGGCCUGAGAUGAGUCCUCCAAACUCAGAAUUCUUACUUUGCAGUAUAUGCUUUGAAAUCAAGGCCACUUCCGCCAGUGCUGGGGGAACCAGGGCCACACAUAGUGGUGCUAGAAGGCUGGCAGGCAUGCAGGCCAGGGAUGGAAUCAGGCAUGCGAGGCGUGGACACCUGCGCCACCGCCCAGACCUUUGUUAUCACCUGCUUUUAAGCAGUCACCCUUUUCCUUGCUGGGGUUUUUCACAGGCGGGGCAUUCACCCUCACCUGCUCUGUUGUGAGGUUGCUCCUGGCAGUGCCAGGAUCCAGCCAGGGGCAGAAAACAUAAUUCCUGCACUAGCUCAGUGGCUGCUCGACUUCAAGGCUUUUAUUACUUUUAUUGUUGUUUGGGGGCCACACCCAGUGGUGCUCAGGGAUCACUCCUGGAAGGGAUUGGGGGAACUUAUGGGAUGCUGGGAUCAAACCCAGGUCGGUCAUGAGCAAGGCAAGUCCCCUGCCCGCUUACUAUUGCUCCAGCCCUUCAAUCUGAAAGUUUUUCAAUGGCCUCUGACCUCCCCUCAUGCUGGUUCUCCUCCAGUUAUGCUCUUCCCCCUUCAGAAGUUUCAUCAGGCUGGAGCGGCUCUUCCAUGUCUCUUAAUUUUUUCCCUUUGGGGCUGGAGAGAUAGCACAGCGGGUAGGGCGUUUGCCUUACACGUGGCCGACCCGGGUUCGAUUCCCAGAAUCCCAUAUGGUCCCCCGAGCACCGCCGGGGUAAUUCCUGAGUGCAGAGCCAGGUGUGACCCCAAAAAAAGCCAAAAAAAAAUUUUUUUUCCCUUUGGUGCAAAAGUAUUAUAAAUCAGACGGAGCUGGAGCAAUAGUACGGUGGGCAGGGUGCUUGCCUUGCAAGUGGCUGAUCUGGGGUUGAUCCCCAACACUCCAUAUGGUCCCCGGAAUCCUGCUAGGACUGAUCCGUAAGCACAGAGCCAGGGGUAGUCCCUGAUCACCACUGGGUGUGCUCUAAAAACAAAAGAAGUCCUCCAAAAAACAUAGUUCAGGAGAUUUCUCUUGCCUCUUCAUAGGUCUCAGCUAUACUGAGAGCCUGCCCAGGGCAGUGGGAGCAAUUGUGUUGGCCUGCAAACUAUAGCCUGAGGCUCUGCCUCGGAUGGUUCAGUAACCUCAGCAACCCCGCUAACCUCUCUGAGCCUCAAUUUCUUUCAUACAGGAUAAAAAGGACAUUUGCCAACAGGGUUUAUAAAGCAUCAUAUAAAUAGUAUCAACAGGCUACAACUGGUUUCUACUAUUUAUAUACAGAGCUAGAGCAACAGUACCGUGGAUUAGGGCACUUGCCUUGUAUACAGCCAACCUGGGUUCAAUCCCUGGCAUCCCAUAUGGUCUCCUGAGCCAGCCAGGAAUGAUCCCUGAGUGCAGAGCCAGGAAUAACACCUGUGGCCCCCAAACAAACAAUAAAAUGGUAUAAACAAUUAUUUGUCCAAAAUGAGUACUACCAAGUAGGUAAUUCAUGAAAACUCAUAAAAUUCAUUCUGGUAGGGUAGAGAAUAAUACACCAAGAGGAUGAAUUCAAAGAAAUUUUCACUGGUUGUUAAGAGAUGGAUAAACAUGACCUCAGUUAAGGGGUCUGCUAAUAGUCUUCUUUUUUAAAAAUGAGGAUGUUAACUCAAACUUUGUCUUUAGGAAAAAGCAAAAGGUGCCAACAGGAGAUAUAGUUGGCAUCCUGAGGGAUUUCUAAGCUGAUUUCUCAGAGGCACCCUGGGAAGUUCUGCAAAAACCAGAGCCCCAGUAGGCAUAAUGCAUCAGCUUGUGUAAGGCUUUGGGGACCUGAGAUGCAGAAGGUGCCACAGUCACAUACUGGAAAAGCUGUUCAGCAUCUUGGAUUUUCUGGGAGCAAAGUCACAAGGGCCUGAGCUAUUCUUAGCUUUCAGAUUUGUCUCCUUGAUGCUACUUCCCUGCUCUUGGGACCCCAAAGUGCUGACACUCUGCUACAUAACUCUUCUUGCUUCAAGUAUUGCUGGUCAGCAACUUUUGAAGAUGUCUCUUGAAUUAGUUUAGGAGCAAAAUUUACUUUAAAAUUUGUGAAAAACAUUGCUUGGAGAAGUAAUUUUCCCCUUGGUUUUCUUUUCUUUUUUUUUUAAACUUUGAUGCCUCAUUUGGUUCUAUUAAAUAAGUCAGGUACCAGCAUUAGCACCCCUCAAAGUGCUGGAGCUCUGACAAUGAGGGUUGUAGCCCAUAAAGCAACUGGCUCCAGACAUAUCUUGUUGUCAUCCCCUUUCACACCUAAUCCAGUAGGAGUGGCACUGGAGUGAUAGUACAUUGGUAGGGUGUUUGCCUUGCAUGUGGCCUCAGCAUUCUAUAUGAUCCCCCAAGCACCGAAAUGCCAGGAGUAAUUCCUGAACUCAGGGCAGGAAGAUAACCCCUGACAAAUGUUGACCCAAAAAGCAAGCAAAAAAAAAAAUCCAGUGGCAGCUUUACUGACACAAGACCUUAAAAAGUGAGGCUGGAGCAGCAGUACAUUUGUAGGGCAUUUGUCCUGCAAGCAGCCAACCUGGGUUCGAUCCCCAGCUCCCAUGUGGUCCCCCAGCACCACCAGGAGUAAUUCCUGAGGGCAGAGCCAGGAGUAACCCCUGAGCAUCGCUGUUGGGAAAAAAUAAAGACCUUAAAAGGAACAGCUUCAGGGACAAAUAUCCAUAUUCAGAUUUAGUAUCAGAUAUUGCCGAAAACCUGAGAGCAACCUGUAGGAGAAACGUGAAAGGCUGAUGAACAGUUGAUCCAGUGCACAUUCUACAUGGAACAUGAUGCUAACACCCAACUCAAGGGCCAAGGCAUCUGGUCUAGGACCUGAAGCUUUUUUUUUGCCACACCUAGCAGUAUUCAGGGCUUAUUCCUGCCUCUGCACUCAGGGAUCAUUCUUGGGAGGGCUUGGGGGACCCUGAGGGGUGCCAGGGAAGGAACCUAGGUUAGCUGUGUACAGGGCAAGCACCCUCUUCGCUUACUACUGCUCCAGCUUCCAAGGCCCUGAAGUUUGCCAGUGACCUGCACUUGUUCCUACAUGCAGCUGGAGAUUCCACGGUCACUGUAAGCCCAGUCCUUGGAAACACCUACCCACAAGACCCUUAUCUGCAAUUCAGAAUGAACUAAGCCAUCAAAAAAUAUUCGGGGAUUGGGGAGAGGGGUGGACACACAGAAGUGCUCAGGGGUGACUCCCUCAGAUGUGAAUGCUGGGGAACCAGAUGUGGUGCUGAGAUCACACCUCAAACCAGGGUCAGCUGCGUGGAAGGCGAGUACCCUUCCUUUUAUACUGUGGUUCCCAAGCCAAACUGAACAGGUAGUGUUUUGCUAAGGGACAAAGUAUGGGACCCGAGAGCAUGAUUCGGGACCCUGGCCUCAAUUCCCAGCAGUGUGUGUAGUCCCUUCAGCAUCAAGAGGAGUGACCUCGCCUCCCCCCACCCCGCCCUGAAAACUGUUGGGACUAGCACCUUAGAACUGUUGGGUGUGACUCCCCCAAAAAACUAAGAAUACCAGUUGAUGGAGCACAUUUAUGAGAGCCUGAUUUAUUUGUUUUUUUGGUUUUUGGGUCACACCUGGCAAUGCACAGGGGUUACUCCUGACUCAUGCACAUCGAGCAAUAGCACAGCAGGUAGGACUGAGCCUGAUUUAUUUAUUUUUUGCUUUUUUGGGUCACAAUCGACAAUGUGCAGGGGGUACUCCUGGCACUCAGGAAUGACUCCUGGCGGUGCUCAGGGGACCAUAUGGGAUGCUGGGAAUCGAAGUCGGGUCAGCCAAGUGCAAGGCAAAUGCCCUACCCGCUGUGCUAUCACUCCAGUCCCAACCUGAUUUAUUUUUUAUGGAUUUUUGGGCCAUAUUCAGCAGUGCUCAAGGGACCAUUCGAGAUGCUGAGUAUGGAACCUGGGUUAAGCCACAUGCAAAGCCUUAUCCACUGUACUACCUUUCUGGCCCAAGAGGUAUGACAAAAAGUCUACAGUUGUGUUCCUUGAACUACAAAUAAUACAGAUGUUAGUCUUUUGUUUCUGGGCCACACUGGGCAAUAUUCAGGGAGUUACUCCUGGCUCUACAUCAGGAACACUCUUGGUGAUGCUAGGGACCAAACCCGGGUCAGCCAUGUGCAAGGCAAAUGCCCUACCUGCUGUACUAUUGCUCCAGCUCAUGUUGACAGUCUCGAUGUAUAAAAUAUCCAAUUUUAAUAAAAACAGUCACUUUGGGGGGCCAGAAUGAUAGUACAGCAGUAGAGCAUUUGCCUUACACACAUCCAGAUUUAAUCCCAGCACCCACAUGGUCCCCUGAGCACUGCCAGGAGUGAUCCCCAAGCACAGAGCCAGGAGUAAGCCCUGAGCACUGCCAGUUAUGGCCCCAAAACCAAAAUCAAACCACCACCAACAAUCACUUUGGGCGUGAGAGAUGGACUAGGGGCCGAGUGUAGACUGCACACAGGAGCGCCAGGCUCAGUCACGGGCCCUAAGCAGAGUGAGGAGCAGCCCCCAAGCACUACUGGGUGCGGUUCCCAAACCACAAAAACCAACAAUGAAAAAAGGACCCCAAAUUCCAUCAGCAGCAUCUCAUGCCCGGCCUCUGCCAACACCACUGCUCGUCUGAGCACUCAGGCCCAUACUGCCAGGACAGUCCCGGGAGCCCAGGUACCAAAGGGGAACUCCCGAGAACACACACACGGCUGAGGAACAGCCACAAGAAAGCCAGACGUGUGGCGCACCAGAAGAGCCCUGGGCAGGGGCAAGAAGAAUCCAGGCCAGCCACGGCCUUGCCUGCCCCAUCAGUGCACUGGGUAAGUGACAGUUGCUGCCAAGGGGCCUCUGUGAUGAAGCAGGAAAUACAAUUUUGGCUAAGGAGACCAAAGCAAAUGAAAAACCAAACAAUGCUGAAAUGUCUAAAACUUUUACAAUUUAUUAAGAAACCAUGUUAAGUGAAAUAGUACAAAAGUUGCAUAUAUAAUACAGAUCUGUAUAGGUAUAUAUACAUACACAGAGCUUAUUCACGUAACAAUUCUGCUCUUCAGAACCAAAGUUAUUUAAAUAAAAUUCUAGAUAAAAAGUGAAGUUUAUUUAAGUUUUCCUAAUACUAUACAUAAAGUUUUCAGAAAGUCUGACAAAUGGAGGAUGUUUUUUUGGUUUUUCUUUUUUUGUUGUUGUUGUUGUUGCUUUUUUGGGUCACACCCAGUAAUACACAGGGGUUACUCCUGGCUCUGCAUUCAGGAAUUACCCCUGGCAGUACUCAGGGGACCACAUGAGAUGCUGGGAAUCGAACCCGGGUCGGCCUCGUGCAAGGCAAAACGCCCAACCCACUGUGCUAUUGCUCCAGCCCCUACUGGAGGAUAUUUUAAGACCAAUCACUGCGCCUGCCCUCACUCUCUCCCCUCUGAAACAUCAUGGCCUUGGCAGAGGGACAAGCACAGGACAAAGCCCUAGUGGGCAGCUGAUGUCAUCAUUGCUAAUAGAGCAAAUUUUCCUGAGAGCAGUAGGCAGUAGACGGGAGCGGGUGCCAUCGGAAUGAAUUCUCAGAAACAAACCAGAAUAAACAGAACAUCCGCAACAGGGAGGACAGGGAGAGGAUCGAGGAGAGACAGGCCCGCAGAUUAGAAAUGACCUGCUACUUAGGGCCUGGCGGUGGUGGAGACGCAACAGGGAAGAACAAUGGGGCGAGAGAAGCAGAAGCACUUAAGGGGGGAGAGGAGAGGAGAGAACAGAUUUCCUGCCAUCAACCAGCCAAACUGCUAUAGUGGAAUCUAGGAAUGUCACCGUACCCCUAAUCCUAGAGAGGCUCACUGGAGGUGCGGUGGGGAGACGAAAUAACAGGUGCAGAGAUACCUCAUUUGAAUCACAUACUUUUGCUCCUGGUCUCCUUAUUCAUACUAACUCAGACAAGGGUAAGAACCCAGCCCAGCAGAAGAACAAAUCUGACCGACAUUCCAACUGAAAGCUCUUCCUCCAGUCAGAGAAGUCUGUGCAAGAAGCAAAUGGGGGGCAGAGAGACAGAACAGGGGCCAAACCAUUGGCCUUGCAUGGAGCAAUCCUGGGUUCAAUCCCCAGCAUCCCCUAAAGUCCCGUAAGCCCUGUCCAGAGUGAUCCCUGAGCAGAGCCAAUGGUAAGCUCUGAGCACCACUGGGUGUGGCCUCCCCAAAAAAUAAGAAAAUAGGAGGCCAUUCUCCAAUAGACUUCUUGGUAAAUUAAUUUCUUUUUCUGUUUUGAGGCCAUACCCAGCUGUGCUCAGGCGAAAGUUACUCCUGGCUCUGCUCUCAGGAAUCACUUGUGGCAGGGCCCAGGGGACCAUACGGGAUGUGGGGGAUCAAACCUGGGGUCAGCUGUGUGCAAGGCACAUGCCCUACCUGCCGUGCUAUCUCCUUAAAUUAAUUUCUCUUACAGCAACAAAAAAGAAAUUAAAUAAUUUUGUUAUAGAUUGCAAAUACUUUUAAUAGAUCUGAAAACUUUAAUAAUGUAAAGGCUGAAAAUGGAGAAAAGGCAAAAUCAAAAGUACCUAAGAGCAUCUUUCUUUUCUUUUUUUUCUUCUUUUUUGGUUUUUGGGUCACACCUUGGCAAUGCUCAGGGGCUACUCCUGGCUCUGCACUCUAGAAUCACUCCUGACCAUAUAGGAUGCUGGAGAUCAAACCAGGGUGGGCCUCA